AGAACUCAGAAACCAAAGAGAGGACCCUGUGGAAGAUCAUCUCACCCUUUUUGUUGACAUUCACUCUGGGUGGCAAAUGGAGAACCACACCUACCCUAAGAACAUGUUCCUCCUGGAGGGGUUAAAGGUCACUCAACAGUCCUCCUACCCUGCCUUCAUCCUUCUCCUCAUCAUCUACAUCUUCACGAUGGUAUCCAACAUCGGCCUCAUACUACUGAUCUCCAUGGAGAGGAGCCUGCACCAGCCCAUGUACAUCCUCUUCUGCAACCUACCUCUCAAUGACGCUCUUGGAGCCACGGUUAUCAUCCCUCGUUUGCUGAGUGACAUAUUUGUGGCAAGCGCAGAACGCUACAUUAACAACGUUGCGUGUGCCAUCCAAGCAUUUUGCGCCCACAUGUUUGGCACAACAUCACAUACAAUACUGAUUAUCAUGGCCUUUGAUAGAUAUGUGGCCAUCUGCAACCCCCUGCGAUAUGCCACCAUCAUGACCAACAGGAUGAUUGCAAAACUGACUUUUUUUGCCUGGGGGUCUGCCUUUCUGCUUGUGGGGGUCCUCCUGGGCCUCACACUCAGCCUGUCACGAUGCAGAUCUGAAAUCUUCAACCCCUUCUGUGACAAUGCCUCGUUAUUCAAGCUCUCCUGUGAAAGCGUUAUUAUUAACAAUAUCUAUGGACUCAUUUUUACCAUCCUACUCCUGGGGUCCUCCAUAGGGAGUGUGACACUAACAUACCUUAAGAUAGCUAUGGUGUGUGUGAGAAACAAAAACAGGGUUCUGAAUAGCAGGGCCUUGCAGACCUGCUCCACACACCUGUCUGUGUACAUCAUCAUGCUGGUGUCCGGUUUCAUCAUAAUCUUUCUCCAUCGCUUCCCUCAGUGGGCCGACCACAGGAAACUGUCAGCCAUUUUGUUUCAUGUGGUUCCUCCUUGGCUCAAUCCUAUUAUAUACGGUCUGCAGACCAAAGAGAUCAGACAGAAAAUCUUCAACAAGUUUCAAAAUAAUAAAGUGACUGUAUGA